UAUAAUGCUUGCUGUUCCAGGAGCCAUGUUUGACCAGGACUGUGGGAAGGUCGUAUUCAUGCUGGAGGCUCUUGUGAGGAGAUGAGUUGGUGAACAGAGAAACCGGCAUGAAGAUGCUCCCAGGAGUGGGCGUGUUUGGGACCGGCAGCUCCGCCCGGGUUCUGGUCCCACUGCUGAGGGCGGAAGGGUUCACCGUGGAGGCCCUGUGGGGGAAGACUGAGGAGGAGGCAAAGCAGCUUGCCGAGGAGAUGAACAUCACCUUCUACACCAGCCGGACCGAUGAUGUCUUGCUGCAUCAAGACGUGGAUCUUGUGUGCAUCAAUAUCCCCCCUCCACUGACCCGGCAAAUAUCUGUGAAGGCUCUAGGUAUUGGAAAGAAUGUGGUUUGCGAGAAGGCAGCAACCUCAGUGGAUGCCUUCCGGAUGGUGACUGCCUCACGCUACUACCCGCAGCUGAUGAGCCUGGUGGGGAACGUGCUGCGCUUCCUGCCUGCCUUCGUGCGCAUGAAGCAGCUGAUCGCGGAGCACUACGUGGGCGCGGUGAUGAUCUGUGAUGCCCGCAUCUACUCAGGCAGCCUGCUCAGCCCCAACUACGGCUGGAUCUGUGACGAGCUCAUGGGCGGCGGGGGCCUGCACACCAUGGGCACCUACAUUGUGGACCUGCUGACCCACCUGACCGGCCGGAGAGCUGAGAAGGUGCAUGGGCUGCUCAAGACCUUUGUGAGGCAGAAUGCGGCCAUCCGUGGCAUCCGGCAUGUCACCAGUGAUGACUUCUGCUUCUUCCAGAUGCUCAUGGGUGGGGGGGUGUGCAGCACAGUAACACUUAACUUCAACAUGCCAGGCGCCUUUGUGCAUGAGGUCAUGGUGGUGGGCUCUGCAGGACGCCUCGUUGCCCGAGGAGCGGACCUCUACGGGCAGAAGAACUCUGCCACACAAGAGGAGCUGCUCCUGAGGGACUCGCUGGCCGUGGGGGCAGGGCUGCCCGAGCAGGGGCCCCAGGACGUCCCACUGCUCUACCUGAAGGGCAUGGUCUACAUGGUGCAGGCCCUGCGCCAGUCUUUCCAGGGGCAGGGAGACCGCCGCACAUGGGACCACACCCCUGUCUCGAUGGCCGCCUCGUUCGAGGAUGGGCUGUACAUGCAGAGUGUGGUGGAUGCCAUCAAAAGGUCGAGCAGAUCCGGGGAGUGGGAGGCUGUGGAGGUACUGACGGAAGAACCCGACGCCAACCAGAACCUCUGUGAGGCACUGCAACGGAAUAACCUGUGAGCCUGCAGGUGGGCUCCCUGCCACGGGGCCGAGGGGCCGGGGAGGGACCAGAAGCUGGCACGGGAGGGCUUGGCCACAGUGUCUUUCAUCUUGGGCAGGGUCCAGGUGAUGCCCAAGGUGGCCCUGGGAAAACACCCCCUCCAAUGCUCAUUUGCUCCUCAGACUUGCAGGGUGGUGAUAUAGUUGAGGGCUAGCACAGUGUGCCCGGGGUGGGGCUGCCCCCCGGGCUCUGCAUAGUCACGCUGAUGAGCAGAGCCAGCCAGAGCUUGACUUGGAGGCUGCUUUUGCCAAUUUGUGGUCCUAACUAGGUGAGGUAGCAUAGCAGGGACCCAGCUUGGCUGAUUCCUCAGCCUGAGGAAAAAUGAUAAGAAGCCUGGUUUUCAUGCCCUUCCUGGGCUAGGGCAUCUCAGGAAUGGUGAGGGCGUCGAGUCAUCCCUCAGGGAUCCGCACCUGCCCUCCUUCCCAUAUGACCAGGCCCUUCCAGCCUCUAGGCUGCCCCUUCCCUGGCAGGGAGGAGGGGUUCUUCAUUAGGUAAACUCUCAGGGGCUGUUGACCUGGGGAAAAGGGCCCCCGACUUGGCGGAGAGGAGAUAGGGUUCUGGAAUAUCUGAUAAGUGUUAAUAAAUAAAUCAGAAAGUCUGACACUA